AUGGAGGCCCUGCUUCCUGUGCUGAAGAGUCGCCCAGGCCUCUCAGUGCUGGUGUGCUCACUGAUUUUCAGGGUGGUCCACAAACUUCUGCAAAGACUGCCUGUGCCCAAGGUGGUGAGGCAGGAUGACUUCCGCUUCUGGAAGUGGAAGAACCUCUCUGUGUCCAUGGUGCACUCCCUGCUGACUGGCACAUGGGCCCUGACAUGUGUCCUUGUGUGGCCCGAGACGCUGACGGACCUCCACUCCUACCACACGCCGCUGUCUUACCUGCUGGUCUGCGUCUCAACAGGAUACUUUGUGCAAGACGCAGGGGAUAUCAUCUUGACGGGACAUGGAAGAGGAUCAUGGGAAUUCCUACUCCAUCAUGCGCUGGUGAUCUCGUGUUUCCUGUACGCCCUCUUCACUCAGCUGUACGUGGCCGGCGCAGUCAUCGCCCUCUUCGUGGAGGUCAACAGUGUCACGCUGCAUCUGAGGCUGAUGCUGAAACUGUGCGGCGCUCAGUCGUCCUCCAUGUUCCACAUCAACAAAUACGUCAACUUCUUCACCUACGUCGUGUUUCGUCUGGGCACCCAGUUGUACCUCUCCCGGUAUAUCUUUCACAAUUACUCCUGGAUGGACCGUGGUGGAUUCUUCCUCAUCAGCAUGAUGAUGAUGAAUGUCAUGAUCCUGAUUUAUUUCUACCGCCUGAUCCGGGCUGACUUCUUCCCUCGGAGUAGGAUUCACGUGGGACAGAACGGGACUCGUAACAGCAACUCCCAGAAGUUCCUCACUGAUUGAUUGGAGGAAGGCU